GGUGCUGCUGGAGUGCUGGUAGGACACCCCUUUGACACUGUUAAGAUGACAGAUAAGCCUCAUCACGGAGAGUUACCUAGUUCGUCUACAAGUUCAAAAUGUAGAGAAGCCUCUCUACCGUGGGACUUUCCAUUGCUUUCAGUCCAUCAUAAAGCAAGAAUCUGCUUUUGGACUCUAUAAAGGUAUUGGGUCACCAAUGAUGGGACUUACAUUCAUUAACGCGCUCGUGUUCGGUGUACAAGGAAACACACUUCGUGCUCUUGGAAAAGACACUCCAUUAAACCAGUUCCUUGCAGGGUCAGCAGCAGGGGCUAUCCAGUGCAUCAUCUGCUGUCCCAUGGAGUUGGCAAAGACAAGAAUGCAGCUUCAAGGAACAGGAGAAUACAAACAGAAAACAAAGAACUACAAAAACUCUCUGGAUUGUUUGAUCAAAAUCUACCAGAAGGAGGGGCUGAGGGGAAUCAACAGGGGCAUGGUCUCAACAUUCAUAAGAGAAACUCCAAGCUUUGGCUUUUACUUCCUGACCUAUGACUGCAUGACUAGGUAUUUAGGCUGUGAAGCUGAAGACAGUUACGUUAUUCCCAAACUGCUGUUUUCUGGAGGAAUGUCAGGAAUUGUGUCCUGGCUCUCAACCUAUCCCAUGGAUGUGAUCAAAUCCCGACUUCAGGCCGAUGGGGUCGGAGGCGUUACCCAAUACAAGGGCAUUAUGGACUGUGUCAGAAAGAGUUACCAUGAAGAAGGCUGGAGGGUGUUCACGAGAGGUCUCACUUCCACGCUGCUCCGUGCUUUUCCUGUCAAUGCAGCUACCUUUGCUACUGUCACUGUGUUCCUAAUGUACAUGAGGUCAGACGGCAACAUUCCUGAAUGUGAACCAGAUCUAGUAAUCCAUCAGCCUUCCAAUUUGCAAACUUAAUCUGUUUGUUCUCCUCAUCCAAAGCCCAGCUGGUUGGGUUUUGUUGAACAUGAACAUUUGACCUGCACAAGUAGUGUAGAUGGUAGAUGUAUGCUAUCUGUAUAAAGAAUUCCUAAAUGUCAAAUUAGGAUUUCAUCUCACUACUUGUAUAAACAGCAUCUUGCCUUAUUCAGGACUCCAUAUCUAGUAGUAUUCAAGUCAGACGGGGACCUGCCUUUAGAAAGUUAUUGUUGUGGCUCCAGAAGAGGAUCUGGAGAAUGCCAUAGUACCAGAAAUUGUUUUCUUCCACUCAUGCUCUGAAUGAAUGAGUUGAGUUGAAUGCAGAAAUUUUGUCAUGAAAGAAAUACUCAUUUUGUUUGUGACAGGAGUUAAGUACACUUAAGAUAAAGUAGGGGGAAUAAAUUAAAUGUUGGAGGCAUUUUGCAGGUAACCCUGAACUGUUUAAGACAUGGACUAGCAUUCAGCUAGUCAUGUUUUACUUAUCCUCUGCUUUUAUACGUCAGUGGUUUUAAUAGCAACUUUGUUCAUACUGAUUUGCAAAAAAAAAAAAAAAGAAAAAGAGAGAAAAUAUUUGUAUUUAAGCUACUCCCUUACCUUUCAGCUUUGAAUAAAUAUCUUAAGCACAAAGUUAGCAUCUGCACUCAAAUGCACUUGUUCCUUUAAAUCUCAAGGCUUGUAAGGAUUUAGGGAAAUUCAAAUCUAGUAAGAUUGAUGUUGUUUGCCUUCACCUCAUUUCUCCUUUGGUGGGUGCAUGGACUGUAUUAAGUUAGUUCAGCCCACGUAGACUUUGUUCUCCAAAGUUAAUGCAACUUUGCACCACUUCUCCCAACGUGCCCCAUAGCAGCCAGUGAUGUACAGAUGUCAAAGUCCUGCUUGUGGUAUUGCACAAAAUGUUUGCGGGUGCAAUGUUAGCUUAGCAGCUCCAAGUACCAUAGAAAUACAUAUUUAGAACUAGAGGUUUCAUAUCUUUUCAGAAAAUAGAGGUGUAAGUGUCUGAAAUGGUUGCUGUUCAAUACACUUGCAUUAUGAAUUGAAACAAUACUGAUUUUUAUGUAUUUAGUUACAGUGCUACUGGAAAGAAGACUGGAAAGGGUUUUGGAGAAUUUUCUUGUUACAUUAAUCUGCUGUGAUUAUUUUUUUUUAGCAGUCUGCUCAAGAAAGAUUGUAUUAGUCAAAGAGCUAUAAACAGUUAUUUAAGAUUUGAAAAAAACCCUACACAUAUUUGGCACAAAUAGCCAGAAGGAAGGAGUGCAUGUGUGUGAGCAAUGUUUUAAAAAAUAUCAAAGUAGUUCAGUAAGUACAACUUGUUACACUUUUGGUUGGGACAAGUGCAAUAUGUGUUUAAUUUAUAUGAAUUUUCUAAAGAAACCUUAUGUCAUAGCGUUUUGCACUGUAACAAAAUAUGCUGGAGAAACCUGUAAAACUGGUAUGUCUCUUUAUACCUUGGAGGUAUGAUGGAUGUUCUAGUGCCUACUUGCACUGAGAUUCAAAUUGAAUGUUAAAUCUAUCUACUAAGCUGCAUAUGCACAACAACUCACAGUAAAGACCAUUUACACCUUUGUACAGUAGACUGUAAUUAUUGUAUAUAAAAUUGAAGAAAUAAAUUUUUUUAAAAUUUU